AUGAAGCAAUUCCUUUGGCAAUGGCCAUCGUACUUGGUCAUGAUGUGGGCCACGUUCUCCGUGGCUUCAUCCAUGAAAGUUAUGCAGGAGUUGAUCACCAACUCGUCGCAAGCCGCGAUCGCUGAGCAUUCUGUGCACUUUUCGCGCUCCGAGAGCGAUCUCAAGGGGUCUGAGAUGGCUGUGCAGAAUGCUCUUGUGGCCCGGUCCUCUCGCUCGAAGAUGUUGGUUGGUGAGAAGACCAACUUUUCAAGUGUUGACGAGGAGCUUGAUGCCGUGGUGUCAGCGAAGUUCUUCGGAACCAUUGCUGAUGGGUUUGAAGCUGUUGGCAGUGCGAUUGGCAAUGCGGCCGUGGUUGUCGGGAACACUGUCGUAACAGCAGCAGAGGCCACCUUGCAGAGCUUGCCUCCGGAGAUCCAGGGUGUCGCAAGCACCAUCGGGCAAGUGGCGGUAGGUGCCGUCAACACAAUGGUGAGUGUAGGAGAGAUGGUGGUAGAUACAACCGUUGAUCUUGCGGGAACGGCGCUAGCCCAUGCCCAACAAUCCCUCGCGGAAGUGGGAAGGUUGGCUGCCGGGUUGGCCGUUGCAGCCUGGAACGAGAUCAAGAAGAUAAUCGAUUGUAUGAAAGAGAUGUUCUCUUUGUGUUCAAUCUUGAUCGGCAACCAGUGCGACUGCAACGCUGGCAGCGACGUCACGAUCGGGACGGACCGCUUCUCGGUGCGGUGUGUCUUUAAGGCAUCCGCCGAGUUUUCCCAAGGCUUCGGGCUAGCAGCAGUUCAACAGAGCAAGCUGGACGGCACGAAGCUGGAGGGUAUGAACCUAUUGCCUGGAGCGCCGUUUGUGCAAGCUUUCAAGGACGCAGGCACGGUGUUGAAGAGCCAGGAUGCACUGAAGGACAAGAAGACGUCAGGAACCUCGAGCUCGUGUGAGACGUCUUUGGAUGUUGCCAUCGAUGGCGUUGUCCAGUUUGUACCAGAUGUGACCUUCACUGUUUAUGACAGCGGAACGACCGAGUUCCAGAUCAGUGGCAUGGUGCGCGCGUCCGUUCAAGCUCUGGUCGAGGCGCAAGGCAGCUGCUCGUACAAGGCCAUGAGAGGAUUUCCGGAUCCCCCCAAGAAGAAGAUCAUUUGUGGUGGUAAGUUCUGCAUCGUAAUCAUGCUUCAGAUGGUUGCAGAGCUGAACUUGGAGGGUACACUGACGGGAACAAUCGAAGUGAGCACCGAAGCGGACUUCCGAAUCGCGGGCUCAGUGCGUGUCACCGGGAACGGUCAUGCAGACGUGGAUAUGAACAGCCCAGAGAUCACGCACAAGCAAGGCUUUGCGAUCGGAGCCAGUGCUACAGCAUCCGCUAGGGUGAGUGUGGGACCGGUCCUCACGAUAUGGCCAGUGCCGGGUAUUCCUAUCACUUUCAGGCCUAUGGUGCAUGCUGAGGCCAAGGCCCAAGGCACGCUGAGUUACGAGUCGGGCCAUGGGCUGCUCUUCAUUGAGGAGUCUCACCAUGUUUCUGCUGCAGCCGGGUCUAACUCGAGUUUGAACAUGACAACGAGUAACCUGCAGAUGUGCGGAGCAGCCGCCCUCAACAUCUAUGCCGACGUCGACAUCACGGGCUUCGCCCUGCCAGCUAUUUUCAAAGCUCGCUUCAACAGCCGCUUCCUCAUUGAUGAGCUCACAGCAGCCGUCAUGACCAGUGCUGCAGCCUUCGUCAGAACCAUAACGGGGCCUCUUUCGUGCAUUCCAGGUGCCAGCACAGCUACAAAUUUCAUCAUGGAGGCGGCUCGAGAGGCAGCAUCCCAAAUCACAGGACUCAUCCCGAACCUUAACCUUGACUUGGGCCUACCAUCGAUUCAGCUGCUCUCCCCCCAGAAGCUCUUCUGCAAGGAGGUCUACACGACUCCCGGCUUCGACUCUGCCCCCUGCGCAGCAGAGCUUGGGUGCAAGCAUGCGGGCCGAGGGCCUCCACCUGGGGAAGAGCUCCCGCCACCCGAACAAGUGAGAAAUCAGGACACGAGGGCCUCUGGGAGCACCACGUGCCCGGCACUCGUAAUGGGAGAUCGAUUCAUUCAACUGGGGAACACAUGGCGAUUGGCCGACAUUGAUGGCCGCCACUUCGUUCUGCAGCACAGUAACGGCGAGGUUCCGAUUGUGUGGCGGAACGAUGGGAAAACCUACUGGCGUCCCUGGCAUCGUAACCAGAAUCGUGUGGCAUGGGACAGGGCGCCCGGGCCGUCCAAAGGGAUCUCGUUCGGCUUCCAGUUCGUCCAGAUCGGCAACUUCCGUAUUGGUGCCAAUGAUGAUGAUCACUUCAGCGUGGUUUCCAGCAGCCACAAAUGCGCCCAGACUUGGCGGGGCCACGACCUCUCAGUGCACCACUCAACCGGGUGGAACCUCUACGACCGUGGUGAAGGGUUUCAGACAGGCGUCACCUUCGGAGAUAGGUUCAUACAGGUGGGCAAAAUGCGAUUUGGCGCAGCUGACGACAACCACUUCAAUUUCUACUUCACCCCCACUGCCAAGAGUUUGGAGAUUUUCCGAGGCCACGACGGGUCUCGGCACGCAGGCAACAACCACCACUGGAAUAUUCACAAUGAGAUGGUGGUCCGCAGAUCGCCCGCUCACUGGACCUGCCCCGAUUUCGCCGAGAAGGCCCAUGGAGAAUGCAACCCAGAGUUCGGACAUUGGGGCGAUCGCUUCAUUCAGCUCGCGAAGUGGCGCCUAGCAGCCAUCGACGACAAUCACUUCAGCAUCUCUCACAUGGAUGGGAAGACGGCCCAAAUCUAUCGUAACGAUGGCCAUCUCUUUCCCGGUCCCCGCAACGACUUCAGCGCCUGGCACAGACCUAUUGGGUUUCCGCACGGCAUCACCUUCGGGCCAAGCUUCAUCCAGAUCGGCAACUUCCGCAUCGCAGCUAUGGACCACGACCACAUGAGCAUCACUCACAUUUCCGGGAUCACAGCUCAGGUCUUCAGGGGGCAUGAUGGCUCCGUGCAUAACGUGCCACACGGUCAUUGGAAUGCAUGGAGCUUGCGAGCGGGGCCAGCGUCAGGAGUGACGUUCGGGGACAGGUUCAUACAGCUGGGAGAGUUUCGAAUCGGUGCAGAUGACUGGCACGUGUACGUGACCCACAGAGGCCACAACAGAAGCCCUCAGAUUUUCAGAGGGGACGGCCAUCUGGUCCCUGGGACACAGCAUCACUACGCCCAUCGGGUCAACGAUCGAUAUGCGAUGUGGCACUGUGGUGGCAUCCAAGAAAUUCUGGGAACAUGCCCCGGAAUAACCGCAGGUGACGGCUUCCUGCAACUUAGCGACUGGCGAGUCGCGGGAAUAGAUUCGCACCACUUCUCCUUCUCGCACCGCAGCAUCCACACUCCCCUGAUCCUCACUUCCGACGGUCACACCCACUCUGGCCCACGAAGGGACUGGCACACCUGGAACCGUGAGGCCGGCAGAAGCACCAUCAAGUUCGGAGAUCGGUUUAUCCAGUUUGGCCAUUGGUGGCGACUGGGUGAAUGGGAGCAUAAUGGGAGACAUCUCGUCCUCUCCCACCGCAACAACAAAGCUCCGAUCAUCUGGCGCGAUGACGGCACGGUGCACAACGGACCCCAUCAUGGCUGGAGUUUGUUUGGACGAGCUACUGGCGCGCCAUCAGGAAUCGCCUUCGGACAUGGCUUCGUGCAGAUUGGCAAGUGGCGAAUUGGAGAUGUGGACGGCCACCACUUCUCCAUCACUGUGAACGGCAAAACCGCGGAGAUCUUUACGGCCGACGCAAGGCGACACCCUGGCCCCCGUACAGAUUGGACCACCUUCGGUCGUCCGAUUUCGGACUGCCGCAUCGUGCCAGAUGCCGAUGCCCAAGCGAUGACAAUCAAGCCACCUUUGACAGAGGGUCUGGAGUGCGAGUACUUCUACAACCACGCUCAGUGCGAUGUUCCGGACCUCGGAAGUGGUUUGACCCCGGCUCACACCGAGGUUCUGCCGAACGUCUACAUGAUCCACGGCAGCUUCCCUCACCUUAGGCAGACCGACCACUUCUGCAUCAGGUGCAGCGGCUAUGUGAGCAUCAAUCACGCCGGCAACUACCGGUUCCACACCGCCUCGGACGACGGCUCUUUGUUGUACUUGAACGGCGAGAGGAUCGUCGACAACAAUGGCUGCCAUGGUGAACUGGAGAGGUCGAGCCAUCACAAGUCUCUUCCGACCGGUUUCCAUCAUCUCGUAGUCGACAUGUGCGAGGUGGGUGGUGGCGAGAAUCUCAAGAUGCGCUAUGAGGGACCUGAUACUGACAACCACAAAAUCGCAGUGCCGGCGUCGGUUCUCAAACAUGAGCCCAAGUUCUUUGAAUCCGGGUUGGAGUGCGAGUACUUCUACAACCAAGCCCAGUGCCAUGUUCCGAACCUCGGAGCUUUGACCCCGGCUCAUACCGAGGUUCUGCCGAACGUCUACAUGCACCACGGCAGCUUCCCUCACGUCAGGCAAACCGACAAUUUCUGCAUCAGGUGCAGUGGUUUUCUCACAAUCAGGACGGAGGGCAGCUACCGGUUCCACACCGCCUCGGACGACGGCUCUUUUUUGUACUUGAACGGCGAGAGGAUCGUCGACAACAAUGGCUGCCAUGGCGAACAGGAGAGGUCGAGCCAUCACAUGACAAUGGCGGAGGGCAGCCACCAGCUGGUGGUGGAGAUGUGCGAGGUGGGUGGUGGCGAGAAUCUCAAGAUGCGCUAUGAGGGACCUGAUACUGGCAACCACAAAAUCGCAGUGCCCGCAUCGGUUCUCAAGCAUGAGCUCAAGUUCUUUGAACCCGGGUUGGAGUGCGAGUACUACUACAACCAAGCCCAGUGCCAUGUUCCGAACCUCGGAGCUUUGACCCCGGCUCAUACGGAGGUUCUGCCGAAUAUCGACAUGCACCACGGCAUGUUCCCUCACGUCACGCAAACCGACAACUUCUGCAUCAGGUGCAGCGGCUACGUGAGCAUCAAUCAAGCCGGCAACUACAAGUUCUACACCGCCUCGGACGACGGCUCCCUCUUGUUCUUGAACGGCGAGAGGAUUGUCGACAACAAUGGUUGCCACGGUGAACAGGAGAGAUCGAGCAUUCACAAGUCCCUUUCGACCGGUAGCCACCAGCUGGUGGUGGAGAUGUGCGAGCUGGGUGGUGGCGAGAAUCUCAAGAUGCGCUAUGAGGGACCUGAUACCGGCAACUCCAAGAUCACCGUGCCCGCGUCGGUUCUCAUACACGCAAAGUGA